CAAAAAUACCCACAUUAACAUAUUGGGCCGAAGGGCCCAUCACACACACUUGCAGCCGCGGCGAGGCCAAGGCGGUGGAGUUCGUGGUGGUGGCCCCAUGGCUGCUGCUGGUGCGUUUUGCGGCGGCGAGGGAGGUAGGUCGACCCAGAACGGCGCGGCUUCGGGGAGCAGGACCAAGGUGAAGAAGUCACGCGGUGGAAUGGAUGGCGACGUCAGCUAAGGUGGCUGAUAUGGCGGUUCGGAAUGGGAUAAACGGCAUUGGUGGCUGGAAGCUUUGGCAGGGACUGAGAUUGGUUCACCAGAACAGAAGAGUUGCAUACUCUCAAUGUCGAGUUCAAUUAUCCAGUUUCAUUCUUCUCCUCUCACUGACACCGUCCGCCUCAGCCGCCACUCUCCCUGCUUUUUAGGCCUUCGCUCCUCUCCAUCAUCCCAUGUUGCUGCUAUGGCUACUAAGGCUUGUGCUAAGGUGAUCGAUGUAAAAGCAGUGGCAAUGCAAAUCAGACAAGAUAUUAAAGCUGAAAUCUACAGGAUGAAAGAAGCCGUUGGCGUGACUCCAGGGCUAGCUGUAAUCCUUGUCGGAGAUAGGAAUCCGAUUGAAAAUUAUAUAGUGCGUGACAAGAAGAGGGCUUGUGAAACUGUUGGAAUCAAUUUUUUGGAAGUACGUUUGCCUGAGGAUUCCACAGAAAAUGAAAUUUUGAAGCAUAUUUCGUUACUGAAUGAUGACCCUUCAGUUCAUGGCAAUGUUUUUCAGAUACCUUUAUCUCGGCAUAUGAAGAAGGAAAACUUGUGGAAGGGUGUUAGAAUUGAUAAGGAUGUAGAGGGUUUUCAUCCAUUCAAUAUUGCUAGACUUGGCACUCCAAUUGGAGAAGAACCCAGGUUUGUUCCCUGUACACCGUUGGGAUGCAUAGAGCUACUGCAUAUCUACAAUGUUCCUAUUAGUGGGAAGAGGGCUGUUGUGAUUGGUCGGAGGAACGAUUUUGUAGGAUUGCCAGCUGCUCACUUGCUGCAAAGGGAAGGUGCUAGGGUCAGUGUGGUGGAUUCCAAAACCAGCAACCCUGAAGAGCUUACAAGACAGGCAGAUAUUGUGAUCAGCUUUGCUGGGAGGCCAAACUUGGUUAGGAGAAGCUGGAUAAAAGAUGGCGCUGUAAUUAUUGAUGCUGGAGCCAGCCUUGCUAAGGAUCCAAAUCGCCCUGGAGGUUUUAGAUGGGUUGGAGAUGUUUGUUAUGAAGAAGCCAUAAAACUUGCCUCUGCUAUGACACCGAUUCAUGGAGGAGUAGGCCCUAUGGCAAUGGCAAUGCUUCUCCAAAAUACGCUCCUCUCUGCAAAGAGGAUGCACAACUUCGAAUAACAUUUUUGUCUAGGGAGUCUUGGAUUUUGCCUACUAAUAUUUCAUGACAAUUGGCAAUGCAUUUAUUCCAUGAGAGACAUUUUAAACUGAUUAUGACUAUGACUGUAAAUGAUUUAUUUCUAGGUGCAACUGCAAGUACUGUAGUACUUGUUAAUUUAUAAAGAUAAACUCAAGUAUUUGCUUAACUCUUGAGGUAUUUGCAUUUGCUAGAGUGUGCAAAAUGACUGUUUAUUUAUAGCUGGUGAAUACCAUGUUAUAAGAGAAACUGUAUUUAUCUGGUGAAGACCAAGAUAU